GAACGCCGUAUUGGCUUUGGUCGUGCCCCUCUAUCUCGUUCAUUGACAAUCUCAUUAUUCUUAUCUUUACAUCUUCAUUGCCAACGCCGAUCACUGCAAAAUCCAUCCAACAUGGAGUUCAAACAGGUUGAUUUUCCUAUGACCUUUUAUUUUGGUGGUCUUUUCUUGGCUUUGAUUGUCAGCAUUUGUGUAAAACAUAAGAGACGGUCCAUGUGUUCCCGUGAGACGAUUACUACCAAACCUGCCACCAUACCGUCAUCUGUGUCGGUGCAUAUGAUGCCGAACGCAAUCUCAAUGCUACUGAAUCCUAGAAAGUUCAUGCUGAGGGCUGAAUAUUACUCUAAUACCUUCAUACCGAUCCGCGUACGUCUACUGGUGAAGGAUAUAUACAUCAUAAGGGGUGUCGAAAACAUGAAAAAACUUUGGAGAGAGUCAGCCCACUCGAGCUCAACUGAGCUUCAUGGAUCUUUCCAUAGCAAAGUACUUGGUAUGCCGAAGGCUGCAUCUGCGCUAUACAAAAAAGACAACUCCGGGUGUACCUCAAAGCCGCACGCAAAUAGCAACAUUCAACCGAACAACCGCAUUGACUAUAUCACACACCAAGUGUUGAAAGAAUUCUUACAGAGACCUACAUGUCAUCAAUUGGCGACCAAAUUCGCCGUCUCGAUGAGAGAGCAAUUCUUGAGCUUGGAUAUCAAAGACGACUGGGUUCAGAUGCCAGACCUGCUUCAUUUCUUCGAAUCUGAGCUGCUCACAGCAAAUCUAAAGGUCACAUACGGAUCAAAGCUUCUUGAACUGCAGAGUGGGUUCUGCGAUGACUUCUGGCAGUUCAGUCACCACAUGUGCGGCUUCGCGCGACCAUUUUCGCGAUGGACUAUGGGAUUUGCGCAUGCCUCGAGACGCCGAGUCUUGGACACGAUCAAGACCUGGCAAAGAAGCAUCAUCGACGGGGAAGAUGCGAAUGAAGCGACCGAUAUCUCUGAGCCAUAUUGGAGUAACACCGACAUUCGAAAGUGGUAUUCGCGAUUCACUUCCAUGGAUGGGUUCAACGACGAUGCUGUAGCAUCGCUUUACCUGGGAAUCAUAUGGGUGUCCAACUACAACUUCAUACUUGCGAUAUACUGGAUGGUGCUUGAGGUUUUCCGAGACCAGGAUCUCCUUGAGAGGAUCCGAGACUCACUGCAAGACGAAGCUAUGGAAUCACAAACCUUUCCCGAAGAAAAGUUCCCGCUGUUACAUUCUGCGCUGGCGGAAACGCUGCGCUUACAUACUGAAGCCUAUAUCAUUCGCCGUUUCAUACACAAAUCGGUGACCUUUGGUGGCAAGUGGGUUGUCCCUGCCAACGAGACGUGUUUUGCAUCCACUCAUCCUGCGCACCAAGACGAGUCCGUCUGGAACACUUACGGUGGCGCACACCCGCUCGACAGUUUCUGGGCUGAGCGAUUUCUGGUAUUUCCAACAGACAAUCUCAGCGGGCCGUUAAACCCUGCGUACAAAGAGCGAGUCAAGGUCUCGAACAAUACAGACCAUGGGUCUGCAGCUCCGCCCUCAGGCCGAUUCUCUCUCGAAGGACUCAGUGCGUCCUGGAUUCCUUUUGGCGGGGGUCCACGGGCUUGUAUUGGUCGCCAUAUCGCGAAGCAGCAAAUACUUUCAUGCUUCGUAUUUCUUGUGCGCAAUUUCAUCAUCGAGGUGGGGAGCAUUGACGUUAAUGUUGAUGAGCGCAACUACGGUCUUGGAAUGCAGCUGCCAGAUAGGAAAACAUCAUUCAAAAUCUGUAGAAGGCUCUAG